AUGAACUCCAUUUCGAGAGCAAGAGUUAUUGGAGCUCUUAGUGGACCUUUUCCAAGCGAUUUCCAUCACUUCCAUGUGGAGAAUCGCCUAAUGACAUACAAGCCAGGGCUCGAUCGAGUUGAAGCUUGGCCGGUCGAGUUGAGGAACUCGACCGGAUGGUCGAGUGGUGGUCGAGCUGGUCUUCAAGAUGGCUUCCUCCUUCUUCCUUUGCGUAUCCAGUUGAGCUGCGUCCAUGCACCAAGUCCUUCCUACUCCUCACGUCCCAUAUGCUCCAAAAUGCUCCAAAAGACCUAUUUCAAGGACCAAACAUGCAUAUUGGAAGAGCCAGUGAAGAACGGCCAAGAAGUUGAAUUAUGGUCUCGUAUCGGUAUCACAUGGAAACCCAAGUGGGGAAUGAUGUUCUCCGAUAUCAAAACGAAAGUCUCAGAGAUCAACGAUGGCUAUUAUGGGUCGUGGCCUAGUUAUUGA